AUUACCAUUUGUCCUUCCUUGACAUUAACUAACAAAACCAUGCCACAAGCUAUUCUUACCUUGCUUAGUGAGUUACACGUAAAUUCCCUCCCUCUAAAAGUUGUCACCAUUUUCAGACAACACCAAAUGUUGUCUUUUUUCCUUUCCUCAAAAACCACAAAACAUACUCUGUCAUGCUCAAUUCAACCAAUUACCGCUUGUUAUUUCUUUUAUUUCUUUUGUUCUUGAUUUCAGUUCCAUCGUUUCAACACAAAUUGUUAGCCUCAGCUUCAGAGUCCUCUGUUCAUGGAAGGAGUUUCAAGAGACCUGAUCCUUUACGACAUUUCAAAGACUACAAUGGAGAAUUCGAUGUUCGAAACAAACAUUACCUAGCUUCUGCGGCAUUUACAGGAGUUCAUGGAUAUGCAUUUGCUGGAGUUUGGUUGUUAUGUGGAGUUGUCUUGGGUAUUUUCAUGAUUGUGAAAUGUCUAAGUGGUGGCUCUCCCUCGUUACCAUGCUUGGAUCAUUACUAUCUCCACAUUUUGUUCCUUCUUCUCUUGCUAACCUCUCUUGCCAUAGUUGCUUCAAGUUUUGUACUUGCAACAAGUCAGAGGACUCUGCGAAGGACAGAAAAACUGAAAGAUACAGUGGUUGGUAUAGGAGAAGAAGCUGUUGGAGCCAUUGGAAGGGUAAUGAGAACAACUAAACAAAUUCAAUAUCUUCUUCUUCCUUAUAAUCCACAAAUAUGUAUGAGUUUGAAUUCCACCACUCAAGAUCUCAGAACAAACUCGCGUGUCAUUCGUCGUUUUAUCGACAGAAGUGAACAAUCAUUCGACAAGGCCACUCAUACUUCGCAUACAGCACAUAUUGUUGUUCUAACCGUGAACUUAGUUACAUUGACUGCAGCACUAGUUCUAAUGCUACUGUAUUGGCGUCCAGGAUUUAUAAUCUUAAUUCUAUGCCUUUGGAUCCUAACAAGUGUGUGCUGGUUCUUAACCGGUUUUGAUUAUUUCCUUCACACUUUUGCAGAUGAUGCAUGUUCUGCCUUUGAGGAAUUUGUGAGAAGUCCACAGAACAGUAGUUUGGGUUCGAUGUUACCAUGCAUUAAUGAUUCAUUCUCUGGGAAAUUGAUAGCUGAAAUAGGCAGCACCAUCCACAGUUUCAUAGUUGAGUUGAAUUCUAAUGUGUCAGUAAUGUAUCGGCUCCUAGGAAUUGGCGAAGGAAAUGGAGAAUUAAUAGGACUAAGGAAAAUUUGUGACCCUUUCUCAGGAGCACCAAAUUACACCUAUGUUUCACAGAAUUGUCCUCAUGAUGCCAUACGGAUUGGCGAUUUACCAAAAGCUCUUGUUAGAUUCACAUGUCGCGGAGAGGACACAAUAGAGGAAUGCAGAAAAAAUGGGAAAUUUCUUCCAUUUGCUUCGUACAACAUGGCUCAUGCAUAUAGUAGAUCAAUCCAAGAUAUGCUUGAUAUUUAUCCCGAUUUGCAAAGACUAACAAAAUGCACAAUAGUGAAGAACAAAGCUGAAGAAAUUGUGUUGCAUCAAUGCAAACCAAUAAGAAUUUCAACUAAAUUGUUGUGGGCAUCUAUAAUGUCUCUUUCCAUUAUUAUGGUUGUCUUGGUAAUCACAUGGGUGGCAGAGGCUCUUCGAUGCACUGAAAAACCCCUUUCAGCAUGUUUUAAGACUCCCACAUCUAGAUAGAAAAUUUUAUUUAUUUUGUAUAGAAAUUUAAUGGUACAAAAUUAAAGGUAUAUAGCGAUUGUAAUUAGUUAGUUUUUCCAAUUAUCCGGUGUAACAAAUAAUAGGAAAAUAACACUCCAUACAAGUCGUAAGACAAUUGAUUGGAGAAUAAUGUAAAAGUUUCCGAAUAAUUUGUUUUUAAGUGUCAAUAACUAAAUAUCACUACAUGUGCGUCUUUGUGGGUGGACGGCACUCUUGGGAUAAGUGAUAUCAAUUCAAAAUAUAUACAAUAGACAUAUUUUUUA